UAUUGAACAAACAUUAUAUUAACAAUCAAAUCCUCAUAAUCAAUCUCCUUUGUUCUUUUUUCUAAUUUUACAAAUAUGAUGAUGAUGAGACAAUAUGAUCAAACAUGCACCCUCCCAAGAACAAGUAGCAGCGAUAGCUCCAACAACUUAAUUCUCAUUGCAUCGGAGUACCAAAGUAAUUCUAUCGUUCAUCACGAUUCAAAUAAUUACUCGUAUAAUUCUCCAAUUCCUCAAAAAAGUCAUGGAGGAGUCAAAGUCAAUUUUAAAUUUUUCAAGUUUCUUCUUGUAAAAAUUAUGUCCCUCCGCACUAUGCUUCCAACAUGCGGUACGUGGCUUAAAUAUUUCCCUACGACUUAUCUUACGCAUUAUAACUCAUGUCGGAAAGUCACCGGGACUUUGUUCGGCAACCGGAGAGGACACGUCAGCUUCGCUAUUCAAGAUAAUUCCACGUCAUCGGAACCAAGUUUUUUGAUUGAAUUCGCCAUGUCAACUACUACUUUAGUCAAAGACAUGUCAUCACCACUUGUCCGUAUCGCGUUGGAAUGCGAAAAAAGGCCACGUGGAAGCAAGCAAGUGAGGCUCUCCCGAGAACCUAGUUGGAAUAUGUAUUGUAACGGAAGGAAGUGCGGGGACGCACUUGCGCGCACGUGCACUGACUCCGACCGACACGUGUUACACACCGUACGGAAUGUGUCGGUCGGGGCUGGAGUGAUUCCGGUGGUUGGUGAUGGACGGAUGGGAGGUGAGUCAGAAGGUGAGUUGAUGUUUUUCAGAGCUAAUUUUGAACGAGUUGUAGGAAAUCGUGACUCAGAAGCUUUUUAUAUGACGAAUCUUGAUGGAACUGGAGGACCCGAACUUAGUAUAUUUCUUUUAAGGACUUAAAAAGAAAAAGAAAAAAAUAGAAUCCAUUUUUGUUUCACUAUGCACGUUUUUAUAUGUUGAAUAAAUUUAGCUCAUCUUGAUGUUUGUCGAAAAAUAAAAUUCUAUUUAAGCCAUCAAUAUAUGUUCUUA